AUGUCUUUUGAAGCUGGCAACAAACACCGUCGCGACACCGUGUCCUCGGAGGCCACCCGUGUUGUUCUUAGCGGGUCAGCUGGCGAGGGUGGAUUGGACGCAACUCCACUGCAACCAGCCAAGGCUCGCGGACAACCCUCCGACGUUGCGAGCCCGCCCAAGAAGAAACUCAAGGACGACGGCUCUGACGACGACUCGCAAGCUGGCGACGUGUCCUCUCCCGAGGGCGAUCCUUCCGAUGACAGCAAGAACAGCGCGGCGGACGGCUCUGCUGAGAAGAGCGGAGCUGAGGCUGCCACCGAUGGCGGCAUCGAGGCCUUGGCCACCGUCACCCGUAAUGCGAGCCGCUGUCUCCGUCUUCUCACUGCGGACGAGAAGCGUGUGCGCUUCCAGGAGAAGUAUCAAAUCAUCUCCAAGGGCUGGAGAUCGAAGGUCUACGGACACUUCAAGGUUCUGGAGCUCAUUGCGGGACCCAAGGGGUCCUAUAUCUACCGAUUCGUUUGCAAGAGGUGCCCAUCCAAGCAUGUCGAUCGUGCCGAUUACGAGUACUCGACUGGUAACCUCAAGCGCCAUGUCGACUCCUGCGAGCCCGACGACACUCCCGAAGGCGAAAAGAUCUCGGCAUUCGCUCACGGCAUCACCUACACCCCUCCACGUAUGCGCCUCUUUCUUGCGCUGUGGUGUGCUCGCCAUCACCGUCCCUAUGCAAUCGUCAAGGAUCCGGAGUUGCAGAACAUCUUCCGCAUGCUCUAUGCCAAGGUCAAGAUCCCCUCGUGUGUCAAUGGCUGA